UGCUGGCGCAAGGAGCAGGAUGGCGAUGGAAGCGAAUAGGGCAGGAGCUUCCCGCACAGGCGCCUCUUUGGCCUCCACCCCGAGCUCCUGCCACAUUGUUACCUUUAGGUCAUUCACAGGUAGGUAGCGAGAUGGCCGUGGCCAAGAGGGGAGGAGGAGGAGGAGGAGGAGCGGCGGCGGCGGCAGGGCAAGAGGACGAAUCCACGACGCUGGCAUCUGCGAUUGGCAAUGGUGAGGAUCUGGGCACUUUGAUCCGCGCGGCAUUCGAGAUUGGACGGCCGGAGGCCCUGCUCCAGCAGCUCAAGGGCUUCGUCAAGAGCAAGGAGGGCGAGAUCGAGGAGCUGUGCCGGGUGCACUACGAGGAGUUUAUCCGCGCGGUGGACGAGCUGCGCAACGUGCUCGUCGACGCCGAGGAGCUCAAGAAGCGCCUCGCCGACGACAAUGCGCAGAUGCAAGAGGUGGGGAGAUCGCUGCUGAGCUGCCUCGAGGAGCUCAUCCAGUGGCACGCCACCCGUGCCAACGUGGCGGCCGCGGUGGAGGCGCUCCUCCACUGCAGCGGCGCCUUGGAGGCGUGCAGCCGCGUCAACUCUCACGUCGAGCGCGACGAGCUCUACCCGGCGCUCAAGGCAGUGGACUGCGUGGAGCGCGACUACUUGCAGCAGCGCAAGAUGCCCGCCACCGCGCUGGCCAGCGCGCUGGAGCAGCACAUCCCGCGCUUCCGGGGCUACGUGGAAAAGAAGGUGAGCGCCGAGUUUAGCGACUGGCUGGUGGACAUCCGCGGGGUGGCACGGGACAUCGGGCAGCUGUCCAUGGGUGCCGCCUCAAGCGCUCGGCAGCGGGAGGAGGAGAUGCGGGGGCGGCAGCGGCAGGCCGAGGAGCAGAGCCGCUGGGGUGGUGGCGGCGGAGGUGACCAGGAGCUGCAGUCGUCGUGCUACGUGCUGCUGGUGGACGCGAGUGGCGAGGAAGAGGAGGAAGCCGAGGUGGCCAAGCGCUUACAACUGACGCCCGUGUACCGUGCGCACUACAUCCACGAGUGCCUGGGCCUGGGCGCUCACUUCCGUGCCUACUAUCUUGACAACCGGCGUCUCCAGCUCCAGUCUGACCUCCAUCUCCCGCCGGGGCCCUUCCUCGAGUGCCACCAGUCGCUCUUUGCCCAGAUGGCGGGCUUCUUCAUCGUUGAGGAGCGGGUGGCGCGCACCGCCGGCGGCCUGGUGGAUGCCUUGGCGGUGGAGUCGCUGUGGGACACGGCGGUGACGCGCAUGGCGUCGCUGGUGGAGGAGCAGCUGAUGCGAAUGCCAGGGGCCAACCACAUUCUGCUGGUGGUGGACAACGCCAGCCUGCUGGCGGCGACACUGCGCGGCUAUGGCUACAACGUGGCGCCGCUGCUCGAGGCGCUGGACCGGUGCCGCGAGCGCUACCACGAGCUGCUGCUGGCGGAGCGGCGGGCCUCGGUGCACGACGUCCUCGCCAACGACAAGUUCGAACAGAUGCUGCUGCGCAAGGAGUACGAGUAUGGUAUGCACGUAACCGCGUUUGGACUGCAGGCCAGCGACGCCACCCCGGCGUUCCCGUACGUGGCGCCCUUCUCCGCCAGCGUCCCCAACCUGUGCCGCAUCGUUCGCUCCUUCACGGACGACUCGGUCAGCUUCCUGUCACACGCCGGCGGCGCGACCGACUACUACGACGCGGUCCGCCAGUACACGGACCGACUGCUGUCGACGAGCGUGGCGGAGGCGCUGCUCCGCCUGGUACGCAGCCCGACGCUGGGCAUGUCCCAGGCCAUGCAGCUGGCCGCCAACCUCACCGUGCUGGAGCGCGCAUGCGACUUCUUCGCGGCGCACAUUGCUCGCAGCUGCGGCGUGCCGCCGCGCCUGGCCGCCCCGCUGCAGUCGCGGGCGGUGCUCCGCAGCUCCCAGGCGGCGGCGCAGGAGCGGAUGCUGGAGCUUGUCAACUCCAAGAUCGACGACUUCAUGCUGCUGACGGCGCACAUCGACUGGACGCCCGACGACGCGCCCGACCACGGCAACGCCUACCUCAACGAGGUGCUCAUCUACCUGGAGACGCUCACGCCCAGCGCGCAGGCCAUCCUGCCUCCGCACGCCUUCGACCGCUGGAUCCGCGGAGUCCUCACGCACGUGUCCGACUGCAUCGUCGCCACCUUUGUGUCGGACGACGUGCGCCGCUUCAACGUGCACUCGGUCAUGGGCGUCGACGCCGACCUGCGGGUGCUCGAGUCGUUUGCGCACGAGCGCUUCGUCUCCACGCCGCAGCUGCAGGGGCUGGGUGGCGGCGCCGAUCUCAAGAGCUGCCUGGCGGAGGCGAGGCAGCUCGUCAACCUGCUGCUGUCCAACCAGCCCGACCUCUUCCUCAACCCCGUGAUCCGGGAGAGGAGCUACCCGGCGCUCGACUUCAAGAAGGUGAUGGUGGUGGCGGAGAAGUACAAGGACCUGCCGGAUCGCCUCUUCCGCGGUGUUGUUGGAGGGAGUAAGCCGGUAAGCAAGAGGAAGGCAUUUGAGACGCUGGUGAAGCGGCUCAAGGAGUUUGUAUAACAACCAAGAAGAAAAAACCGAGAUACCGAUUGCUACCCGGCA